AUGUCGCACCCACAACCCUCCCAACCCGUGCACCUAACCCCCAGCACAUCCCUCAUUCCCUCCGGCCCUCAAACCCCAGGAAUAUCCCGCUCGUCCGCAAUCGUAGACAAAACCGCCAACAUCUGCGCAACCCACAUGCUCGCAUCACCACACACGUCCUCAGCAGUCCACCACCACGGGGCCCAAGACACGAUCGUGUACGCGGUGCGCGGCAAGGGCGCGAUCGUCUCCGAGGGCGGGAAGACGCGGGUCGAUCUCGCGCCCGGCGAUUACGCGCUUAUACCCGCGUGGACGGAACACCAGGAGGUCAACGAUGGCGAGGAGGAGGUAGCUUGGUGUAUUGUGCGGAGCGGGCGGGUUCCUGAGGUGGUGAAUUUGAGGGGAUGGGGGGGCGAGGUUGUGAAGGAGGAGACGAAUAGGUAA